GCGACUUGAGACUAUUUUGCAAUUUGGGUAUCCUAAAAUGUUUUUAAUUUGAUUCUAAACUAUUGCCUUCCAUUUUAAUUAAAUUUCAAUUUUAUUGUCAUCAUAAUUUUAGUGAAAUUUUUUCCUUCGGGCGGUGAUGGCAUUUUUCAAUCUGUGAUUAUAAACAGUUUGAGCCGAGCCGUGUCUCAGUGUGUUUGCCAUGAAUUUGGCAGAUAGUGUUAAUAGUGCAAGUUUAUCUUUGUUUAGUGGAGUAGGAAAAAGUAAAUACUUCCAGCGCUGCUCAGCUCACUGCCAGCUGUUGAACAGGAGAAUUGAAUGGUUUAAUAUCUUACGCGGAGGACUAAACAUCCAUCCAAGAGUCAACGAAUGCCGCCUCUUUUGAUGUCGAUGGAACAGGUAAAGUCCACUUAUGGGAGCAGUAAUGGUCACAGCAGAGAUCCAUAUUCGGACACACCUUCCACCUCCACGACUGACAAUAGUCUAAUUUACCAUGGCACUCUGGACCGACCGUCCAGACAGGGACCUCCGCUGUCCCUAUGGACAGCCCUCUACGACUACCAGGCUCAAGGUGAAGACGAGCUCAGCUUGCACCGUGGUGAAAUAGUUCAAGUUCUCUCUACAGAUUACAAGAUCUCCGGAGAUGAAGGUUGGUGGACAGGAAAGAUUGGCGAUAAGGUGGGUAUUUUCCCAGCCAAUUUUGUCACAGACACCGACAUAAUUCAUAACCACAAUGUUUCCAACUUGAUUGGAGGUGUUCAAGUAACGGAAAUCGAUUUCAAUGAUCUCCAGCUUGAAGAAAUCAUUGGUGUUGGUGGUUUUGGUAAAGUUUAUCGUGGGUUCUAUCGAAAACAAGAGGUUGCAGUGAAAGCUGCCAGACAUGAUAAUGAUGGUGACAUUGAAACUACGUUGGAGAAUGUGCGGCAAGAAGCAAAGUUAUUUUGGCUGUUGGAGCAUGAAAAUAUCGUAUCUUUAAUCGGGGUUUGUUUAAAGCCUCCAAAUUUGUGUCUUGUGAUGGAAUAUGCUCGCGGUGGAUCGUUAAAUCGAGUGCUUGCUGGCAGGAAGAUCAGGCCAGAUGUUUUGGUGGACUGGGCAAUUCAAAUAGCAAGAGGAAUGAAUUAUCUUCACUCUGGAGCUCCCAUUUCUUUAAUUCACAGAGAUCUCAAAUCUUCUAAUGUUCUGUUGAGCGAGCCUGUGGAAAAUGACGAUCUGCAGUUCAAAACGUUGAAAAUCACGGAUUUCGGGCUUGCUCGAGAGGUGUACAAAACGACGCGGAUGUCUGCUGCAGGAACAUACGCAUGGAUGGCACCGGAGGUCAUCAAAGCGUCCACUUUCUCAAAAGCCAGUGACGUCUGGAGUUAUGGAGUCCUCUUGUGGGAACUGUUGACGGGAGAGACUCCUUACAAAGGUAUAGAUGCACUUGCUGUGGCAUAUGGUGUCGCAACUAAUAAACUAAGUUUGCCCAUUCCUUCAACAUGUCCGGAAUCAUGGCGAGCUCUGAUGGAAGCAUGUUGGGCGCCAGAUCCUCAUAAUCGUCCGCCUUUUCUGGAAAUCCUAGACGCUCUUGAUGAAAUCGUGCAUUCUGCCUUCACACAAACCCCUCAUGAGUCCUUCCAUACAAUGCAAAAUGACUGGCGUAAAGAGAUCCAAGAAGUUCUGCUUGGGCUUCGCAUGAAAGAAAAUGAGCUAAGAAAUCGAGAGGAAGAACUAAACCAAGCACAACUACAGCAGCAGGAAAUCGACAGACUUUUGCGUCAGCGUGAGGAAGACCUUCAUGCACGAGAAAUAGAGCUCUUGAAACGUGAGCUGUACAUUAUCAUGUGGCAACAGGUGCCGACACCCCAUCAACGUCGAGGCAAUUUCAAGCGAACAAAGCUAAAGAAGCUGCUGAAGAACCCUAACAUUAGUUUUCCUUCAAAUUUUCGACAUCAUAUAACAGUUCAGCAGACUGGCCCCUUGGAAAGGAAUUCGCUCAGCCCAUCUGGACCAAAUAGUCCUCCUAGCUCUCCAAUCGUCGGCCAGUUGCGAGCAAUAGCACUUCCGGCUGAUGGGGUCAAAGGCAAGACGUGGGGGCCAAGCACUUGCCAUCAGCGAGAACGAGGCCAUAUUAUUCAACGAGUUACGGGCGUCGGCCCCAAGGCGCAAUGGAGUCGCUCUGCUCCAAACCUGGAGAAGCACCUGACGCGCUCGGCCACACCAGGGAACUUUGCUGCGCUCCAAGAAAUAGGUACGGAAGAAACUCCUGACCCAUCCGACGACAUCCCCCUCCUAUGUGGUGCAAGAGCAUUUAGACGCAAACCCUCGCAAUCGGAAGAGAACAUUGGAAAAUGGUAUUAUGGUAGUCGUGCAGAAUCGACAGACUGGUCUGGUGAAGCAGUGCCACUGCCAACUUUAUUCAAUGGUUCGCCGACAGAGGCCCAACCAAAGAGCUCUAAGUCAGGAUCAAAACCAUCUUUGAUGGAAUUGGCUCUCUACAAUAUGGCUGCCAUGUUGGCCGGUCUUGCUGCUGGCUAUGAUGUUAGGUUAUCAAAUGUCACACCACUUCAUCCCAAGCUACAGCCCAGCUGGAGAGGUGACGCUGUAGAGGAUGAAAAGAAAUGGGGCGGAAGUGAGUACUCGCCCCCUGAAUUUUCCUCUAGUUCUGGUUACAAUACUUACCAUGGGCCAACCAAACACUACCGCACCCCGCUUCUACAUAGUAUUGAAGCUGCGAAGCCUCUUAGGUUUACGGACUCGCCACAACAUUAUCCCUCAUUGAAACCAAACCCUGUUCCCCGGAGGAAGUCUAGUUGUACGAGUAUAGAAGGAGAGGUUCACUAUCCUCCUCCUCCUGCCCCCUAUGCUGCCUGUGAUGUUUUAGAAACAAGGAACUACGAAAGUCCACGUCGAUACCCUUCACGCACAGAGUAUUAUCACAAUCCUGUGCUUAGUGAUCACCAGUUAUCGUCAGGUUUCCAUCACUACCCCCCUGAAUAUCCUAGUCAUUACCCCGAACGACUCUACCCAGCACCUGCCCUCCAGGAUGAUCCAUACUACCAGCCAUAUGCAUAUGACAACCCCAACAUCACGCCUGUCCGUAGACCUACCCACCGUCGCACACCGUCCAAUGUUUCCAACGCCUCCAGUGGCUCCAAUGUCAACCCAGGCUUUCGACUCGAAGCAGAUGACUCAGAGUUCUAUAACCAUAACCACCCUUACCCAGCAUACCUCGAGACAGGGAACGUGCGAAGAGCCGGAGAUUAUUCUAGCUACUUUUCCCGCCAGAAUUCCAUCGACUCCAACAGUUCAGAUAGGCCUACAACACUGGAAGUUUCAACAACCAGGCUCCGCUCAAGUUUGAAGAGGCACAACCGGCAACCAAACACUGGCUCAUCAUCCUCUGGACCAGGUACGCCUACGAAUCCAACUCCCCCCGACAGUCUGACCAGUGAAGACAGCAGCUAUGUGUCUGCCAAGGAGAACUCAACAAGCUCUGUAUCGCGUGUCCGGUUCUCGCCCAUCACAGCAACUAUGACAGAAGCAACGUUGCUUGACCUUCCAAUCCAUGGCCAGGUUCAGGACAGCACUAUACCGCUCCAGGCAUCCAGGCGACUUAACCGACAAUACGAGUCCAAUCGAGCACGUCGCCCCUCAAUUAGUGAAUUGGAACGCGAGUUCUUGUCGUAGCUAAGACGUAAGUGAGAAGUGUCUCAUCCAUUCCCAUGACAAACUGAAUCAAGAUCGGUCCAGUUGCGGCAAAUGCAAAUGAACGGGUAUGAAAAAUCUGUAUCAUAAUCUAGCAAAGCAAAUUAUCACCUGCUUCUAAACCAUUCAUACAUCUAAACUAUCUAAGAAUUUUUCCACAGAUUUUUAUUCCUGUAACAUUGAUUUGCUAAAAUAUUCAUCCGAAUUUUGCAUUGCAUCAUGUUAGUUGAUUAAACAGCCCUCAUUAUUUGUUAGUCAAAUUGUAUUCAUAGUGCAUCGUUGAUUGAUUUUUGAAAAUUAUGAUAAUCGUGCACUGUUUUACCGAAGCUUUCUUUGCCGCUGUAGAAUUCUUACCUUAGUUAAAGCUCUGGCAACACUGGUGCUGUUUAAAAAUGUUGGUUGAUGAGGAGAUCUGUCAAAGUGCUAGUCAUUUUUUUCAUUUCCUCAACUUAGAUCUGUAUCACAACUCCUGGCUCAUUAGCUUUUAUUCUAUGUAAUUCUACUUUAACUUAUCUAAAUCAAAAGGAACCAUUGCCGUUGAGACAUGGGCCCUGUUAUGCAUGUACUCUUAUAGGCCCCAGGGCCCAUGUCACAAUGGGAAUAGCUCCUUUUUAUUUAAAUAUGUCCAAUUAAGUGUAGAUUAUUUCCCUCAUCCCAUAUAUUAUCUUUAUUUAAUGAGCCAUGUCUUCAAACACAUGGGGAUGAAACCAUGUUAACAAGACAAUAAAAAUGAGCUUCAUAAUAGCGUCUUAAACUAUGAACCUUUUGUUAAAUAUUUCUUCCCUUGAGAUGGUUCCUGUUACAAAUGAUGUUAUUCUCCUCACAAAUUUUGCUGGUCAGUUUUUAGAUUGGAUCUUGAUUGCUAGAAUUUUUUCUGAUGAUUUUCUUGAUACCUCACUCAUACCUCACUCCAGAAACUGUGCAAUCAAACAUCUAAUCAAAACAGGCAAUGCAUUUUUUUUGGAGAGCCAAGAUGUUUCAGUGAUACAAAAGAAACUUUGCAAAGAAUAAUACUUGAUUUUUUUGGUUUGCCCGGAAAAAGUACGGAAAGUCCAAGGAAAUGAAAAGAAUUGUUGUGCGUAAAUCUAAUAUAAUCUUUAACAGUCAGGGAACUUCAUUGAAUGAAAGUUUAGAGUGUAUUGGAGUCUAACCUCAUCAGAACUCCUCCAAAUAUCUGUAGAUAUUUGUGUGUCAAAGGAGCGAACAAUAUUUUUUCAAAAAGCUCUUCGAAAAAUAAUAUGAGAAGACAAAAUCUUGAACUGCAUGUAUUUGACAUGUGUAUUUUGCAUUCAAAAAUUUGAGGAGACGAGAGGAAAAUAAGACAAGGUGUGAAUUUAAACCACUAUACAGCAUGUUCUUUCUUCAAAAUUUCUCAAGGAAAAUUAAUCACACAACGGAAAGUGUAGAAAUCAACUAAACAAAGUGUAAGUGUUUACAAUUAACAUUGGUUAAAUGGCAAAAAUUCAAAUGAUGUUAUUUGUAUCAUCUAGCUUCUAUUUGAUCUGUGUCUAAAAUAUGUAUUAAUAUCUUAUUCAGGAAUUGAUUUUUGAACUUCCUGCUGUGUGAAUCGUUUUCUAUGUAAGAUUUUGAAGGGAAAACUUAUGACUUUCUUUUAUCUAUUUCAGAAGUUGUAUAGUAGCCCAUUGACGUUGAGCAAAGUAUCGAUUUUAUCAAAAUUAUCAAUUAGGCAAAUACUAACCGUUGACUUUCGAGCUAUUUAAAUUAUCUCAGUAUUCCAAUCAUGUGCGUACAUGCUUCCAAUGAGAUUUACUAUUACUGAAGUUUUCCUCACUUUUAACUAGUCAUUUGAAACAAUACAGUGGCAAAAAAUGCUCCGUUUGACAUUCCGUUCCUCUGAGGAUCCCUUUUAAACCAACCAAAUAUAUUUUCUGUGCUAGGAACCUGACAGGUUCAAAAAUAUGCAAAUUUGUUUAUUUUUUUCUCAAAGAAGAAUGCCUGUACAUUGCGUGUAAAUAGCCACCUGUAUCAUUUGUAAAUCUUGUGCCUUCUUUUUUCAGCUUUGUAUAUUUUCCGAGUCGUUGAUCAUUGAUCAAAUGAGUGAUCAAAUCUAGAAUAAGAAAGGGAAACCAGGUUUUCUAUUUUGUUUGUUUGUUUUUAACAUUUUACCUCUUUAAUUUACUUCAAGGGUCUUGUCCUAGAUCUAAUUUUGUAUGCUUGUUAGCAUCAAAGGAAUCCGAAUACAUGCACAAAACUCGUCGUCAGAUAGCUAUGUACCUUAAGUGUACUUUGUUUUGAGAACUGUUUUGGUGGAAGCACCUUGACUCAAAAGUUUUUAACUAUCAAGGACAUUCUCUGUUCCAAUAUGAAUAAAGAUACCUCUGACAGGAAAUACGCAUAUCUUCAAAGUAACUUCUCCGCAAAAAACUAAGAGGCCAAAAAAAACCUGCAUUAGGUUUUUUUUUAAACUGACCAAUUCAACUGAUCUCUACUUUUUUUUAUCAAAGUUGUACAAGGUUGAAUUCCAAUCAGAGCCCUUUUUUUCUUACUCUCUUACCUAUCUUUCCUCUCUAUGUAACCCUUAUUAAAAUAUCUGGCAGGAAAAUUAUUCAUUUUCUAAGGAGUCAACAGAAGCUAGUCUAAUAAUCACAAAAUUUUUCAGUUCCAAGAUUCUCUAAAAUGUGCGUCAAAUUUCGUUCAAGUUUAUUUCCAAAUUUUGAGUGCCAGUCAGUAGAACUAUUGACUUUGAAAGCCAAGUGAUUUGUAAGUAGUUUCAGCCUCCCUAAACUAUAUUAUUUGAACGAGGAAUUUUUGAGGAUGCUCAAGCAAAAAGAUAAUCUUUUACUAUGUACCUACUUGAUUAUCCUUUCUUAGGCAAUUUCCACAGAAUUUUGUAUUUAUUUUUCCUCCCCCUUUUUUUAUCUUUCUUUUUGUAUGAACACCUUCAACAAGAGAGGAAUGUAGGUAUCGAAAACUGUGGACUAUAUGAUCUAAGAAUAAGUAGGUUAUGAAAUGGAAGUAGAACAAUCUUCGUACUAUUCACAUAAUCGUAAGGUUGUAACUUACAUGUGGAGUUUGCCUGUGUUAUUUAAUUUAAUUUAAUUUUUCUUUUUCUUUUUGUAAGGUGAGGCUUCAUGCCUUUUUUGUUUAUGCUCAAUUUACACUAACCUUCAGACUUAAGGAACUAGGGCGAAUUUGACAGUAUGUUUGUUUUUAUCUUGUUUAUUUAUGUGUACUUAACAUUUUGUUUUGUUUUUAUUUUUGGGAUUUGAAAGCUUUUAGUCUUUUUUUCCCAUAAUCUUACUGGAGCAGCUUUCUCACACGAGUCAAUUGACAUCCAUUUUGCUCUAAUUUGUGCAGACUGAUAAGAAUAAAAUUAAACGAUUUGGUAUUAAGUCUUACAUUCGAGAGAAUCUUCGAUCUUUAGAUGUUUAUUGGACAAAAAAAAAGCGAAAGGAAAAUAAUGGUAUUAGAGUUUUGAUAAAAAUGAAAAUAAAGUAAAGAAAAAAAGGGUUAUAAAGCUUAAUUAUGGAGAUUUCAAAUUGGGAAUCCCUUUUCUCUGUGCUUCUGAGCCCUAAGUUAUCUUAUUUUUUUUAAAAAUACAUAAAUUCUUUAAUGUUGAUUGAAUUUUUUUUCAACAAUUCAGUUACUCAAUAACAUUGAAAAAAAAAAUAGUAACUGACUUAAAAGCCAAUCCCUGUAACUUUCAUUGUUUAAUUUGAUAGUACUGACGAAGUAUUCAAGAUGCAAGACCGAAACUCUUGGAAUUGAAACUGCCUAAGGCCCGAUCAUUUGGCAAGCAUUUUUUAAUGAAUGAUUACACUAAUCGCAGGUGAUCUUUAAACUAAAUCUGCUUUAUUUUUGCCUAUCUUUCUGUGUGUGACUAGUUUCCAAAAUAAUUGUCUGUAUUUGUAUGGAGACCCGUCUUGGCCAUCCAAGCAUAGUUUAAGUAGGUACCUAAAUUAAUAAAAUGUAUGUAUAAAUUCUGAAAUAUUGAAGGAUGUCAUCUCUGAAUUCUCAAAGGAAUCAAAAACCCACUCGGGUAUGAUGCUGUCUCUUUUUGUUUCAAGAGAUUCCCUCACCUCCAACUCUCUCCUGCCAACCGAGGCCCAAGUUAUCAGAUAUAUCCUCAGCUGCUAACUGUUUUAUUGGAGGACCAAGGAAGGUCAAAGUUGCGUAAUGGAAUUCAUUUUUGUUGUAAAAUACUUUUUUUUUCUUUUAAAAAAAAUUCUAGUACUCUGACUUUUAAGAAGUUGAAGCCUUAUUCAAAAAAUUAUUGUCUCUUUUUCGUUAUACUACUGCAAAGGAGAGAUCUCUUACCUCAAAUUAUAAUCAGAUCCCAGAGACCUUAGAAUUAUCUUGUUUUAAAAUAUUUUUCAUAGACCAAAGAAAAAUUCUCAUGGCAAGAAGCCAAAUAUCAAACAACCCCUCUCCUUCAAUAAUGCAGACCUUAGUUUUCAUUAGUAUUUCGAUGAAAUUGCAACUGGAAAGUAUUGUUCUCUAAAAUAAUUUUGCAAUUGUUGGGAUUUGGAUUCCUCUAUAAAACGGCUCCUGGAAUGGCACGGUGUGCUCUGCGAUGAAUCAAUUGACCUGCUGAUUAAUCUCAUAAGGAAGGAUCGAUCAUCAGGGUUUUCGCAUUGUACACCUUACAAAUCAAUUUUUUCACCAAAGCUUUAAAUGGAAAAAUAUGGACAGGUAGUUGGUCAUCUACGCCUUGCCACCGGGCUUUAUCACUUCUUAUCUUGAACCCUCUGUUAAAUAUUUUUUUCAGUUCUUAAAGGAUCUUAGAUUCUCUCUGAAAUCUUGUCUGAUUUAUUGUUUUUUUUUUCACCUUUUAUUACAGUAAUACUUUAAUGAAAGCGGAUUUAAGACAAGUUGUUAAAUAAUUUCAUUUGUAACUCACCCUCUGAGGAAUUAUAAUUUUGAUGAUUGUUGGCCAAAGUUAGCAGCUUAUUUCAGUCCUAAGCUUUUGUUCCCAAAGACUUGACUGUUUGAAAAAAAAUGUGUGCAAUAUGAUGCUAAAAAUGUCAGAAG